AAAGUGAAACGUCCUGGGUAGCGUAUUUCUACUAUAUAAUCAACUAUAAAUGGAAUUAUAUGACGACCGUAAUUGAAUCGAACUUAUUAUAUUAAGGCCGAUGUCAUUUGCUUUAAGUCAUUAUUUGCAUUGAUUGGGAUCAACGAUAAACAACAAAGUCCAGGAUGGUGAAGUUUGAGCAAACUUUCAAAGCUGUGGAUCUGAUACUCAUAACGUCUGGGAUUCCGUCGUGUAGUUCUUUUUACCCCGCCAGUAUCAAAUCGGCAUUGAAAAGAAAUGCCGUCUUCUUGAUUGCAUUUACUUUAUUGCUUUACACCGCGUUCGGGGAAUUAGUUUACCUCGUGCAAAUGCUACAGAGAGAGUUCACAUUCCUGGAGAUAACGUUUCAAGCACCGUGCCUAGGAUAUUGCUCAAUCGGAUUGAUGAAGAUGUUGAUUUUGGCCGUGAAGAGAAACUCGAUUGCGGGGCUGGUACAAACGCUUCAAAAGUAUUGGUAUACAUCGGUACGCAGUAUCGAACACCAAUCGAUUUGCGAUGAAGUUAUGAAGCCGGCCAUCCGAUUCACUACAAUAGUAGCAGUCGUCAAUAUCGUGAUGGGUAUGGCUUUUACUUUGCUGCCGAUUCCGGAGAUGAUUUAUCACUAUACCAUAACCGGCCAAUGGGUUCGCCAAUUGCCGUUUCUUAUUUGGUGGAGCUUCGAUGUGUACGCCGGUUUUGUGUACUAUUUUAUAUAUCCACUGUACAUUGUGAUAGGAUUCUCCGGUAUUAUUAUCCACAUGGGAUUUGACUGCUUGUUUUGCAUUCUAGCUGCACACAUAUGUGUGCAUUUUCGAAUUUUGAAGCAUGAUUUGGGGAACCUGACUGACUUGCUUGACGGCACGGAAAACAUCAUUGAGAACAGGAAAAAAGUCAAUCCAAAACUGUAUGGUAUUGUUGAAAAACAUCAGAUUAUCGAAGAGUGUCACAAUAGGAUGAAUACGAUUUUUAAUUUUGCGCUGUUCUACAACUUCUUUGUGAGCUCAUUCAUAAUUUGUAUUCAAGGAUUUAUGGUAACCGCGGCUUCUGGAUAUACCCUUAUAAAAUUUGCUCUCUUUUUGGCAAGUUUUCUCGUGGAACUGUUCCUGUUGUGUUUCUAUGGGCAUCAUAUUGUAGAAAGCAGCAUUCUGGCAGCGGAAGCAGCCUAUCAUUGCUCGUGGUACAACACGAAUCACCAAUUUCGAACAAUUGUCCUUCAGAUGAUCAACAAGGGCCAAAACCCUCUAACGUUGAUGGCGUGGAAAAUAUGGCCUGUGGAUAUGAGCACAUUCGCAAGUAUAUUAAGCGCAUCGUGGUCGUACUUCACACUGCUUCGUACUGUUUACGCUGAUUAAUUAUUUCCAAGCUUUUUUCGAUUGUUGGAAUAUGAGUUGAACCAAAAAUUGAUCAAUUUUGUUUUUCUCAUUGUUAUAGUUUCGAUGAAAAUAAAUCAAUGUGGAAACAAGGUUA